GGCAUCGGCGCGACCAUGGACAAGGACCAAGAUUUACCUGACUUUCAUAAUGAAAUCCCUCUCCCGGUGGCCUCUUCUGAAUCCAGCUUGAAUUUCAGAUUCACAUAUGAAGAUUACCAGAAGACAGCCGAAUGGCUUCUGUCCCACACCAAGCACCGACCUCAAGUGGCAGUGAUCUGUGGUUCUGGGCUAGGAGGUCUGGCUGAGAAAGUAACUCAGGCGCAGGUCUUUGACUACAGCGAGAUACCCAACUUCCCCCGAAGUACAGUUCCAGGACAUGCUGGUCGGCUGGUGUUUGGCUUCCUGAAUGGCAGAGCCUGUGUGGUGAUGCAGGGCAGAUUCCACUUGUACGAAGGCUACCCCCUCUGGAAGGUCACUUUCCCAGUGAGGGUUUUCCGGCUUCUGGAGGUGGACACCCUAGUGGUCACCAAUGCAGCUGGAGGACUCAACCCCAAGUUUGAAGUCGGUGAUAUCAUGCUGAUCCGUGACCAUAUCAACAUGCCUGGUUUCUCUGGCCAGAAUCCUCUGAUAGGCCCCAAUGAGGACAGGUUUGGAGUUCGUUUCCCUCCCAUGUCUGAUGCUUAUGACCGGGAUCUGAGAAAGAUCGCUCACAAAACCUGGAAACAAAUGGGGGAGAAGCGAGAACUACAGGAAGGCACCUACGUGAUGUUGGCGGGCCCUAACUUUGAGACUGUGGCAGAGUCUUGUCUCCUGCACAAGCUGGGGGCAGAUGCUGUUGGCAUGAGCACGGUCCCCGAAGUUAUAGUAGCACGACACUGUGGCCUUCGAGUCUUUGGCUUCUCCCUCAUCACCAACAAGGUGGUCAUGAACUACGAGAGCCUGGAAAAGGCCAAUCACGAGGAAGUCCUAGCCGCGGGAAAGCAAGCUGCGCAGAAAUUGGAACAGUUCGUCUCCAUUCUUAUGUCCUGCAUCCCUCCCUCUCACACUGCCAGUUGCCCAGCCGCUGCCUUAUGGAAUCCAACUAGCUGCUGCCCACUUUGGCCCUCUUCCCGGGUCACCUGCCUUUCCCUUAAGGUCAUCGCAGAGAGGAGAGAGAGGAUCAUUUCCACCUCUCCCACCAGACCCUUCUGAUGCCAGAUUCUCUUUUGCUCAGCUGUUUUCUGAAAGCCAUUUCCAUCCCUGAUCUUUCCCACACUGGAGCCCACACCCUAACACAUCUGUGUGUGUGCCCAGGAUUUGACUUGGGCCUUGAACUUGGCACAGUGACUACUUUUUGGAGUAAUGCUCUCACAUUCCUAGGGGCUGAGUUCUGCCAUCCCCAUCGCACUGGAAACCUCACAAGAACCAGCCCGAUACCUCUUACGACUUUUAACAUUGUGCUUGGAUAAUAAAAAGAAGGAAAAAAUGAAUAAAUAAAAAGAAAGGUG